AACAGAUUGAAGUAUACCGUUUAGUUCAGAGGACCUGUACUGUAUCCAGCAUGUUAUUUGCCGUAAUACUUUGUGUACUGCUCUUUGCGGGUCAUUCACACGGUAGCUGCCCGGCGGGAUAUCUAGUGGAAGGGGAGUUUUGUUUCUUCUUCAGUGAAAUAACUGGUACCUGGGCCGAGGCAAACAGCUACUGCAGGACCUUCAAUGCUGUGCUAUUCGAGCCGAAUACUGAGGAUCGUCAAACUGCGUUGGCCAAAGCCUUGCAACAUGUAUCAGGACCAAAUGGCAGAGAGUUUUUCAUAGGAGGUAGCGAUUUUUUUAUCGAAAACCAGUGGAUCUGGUCAACGGAGCAAAAUCCGAUAACCAUCUCCCACUGGAGCCCCGGUAACCCUAGCGACAGUAACAUAGGAGAGGACUGUAUGGCAGUGGUAAAAGCAGGGCAGUGGAAUGACAUCGCGUGCGACCGCAAACUGGAGUUUAUUUGCGAAAGACCAGCAAAACACUAUUUGGUUGAAACAUGGAUUCGUAUAUCACGAGUACCCACUCAUACGCUAACGUACUCGUCCUCUGUCGGAUCGCAGUCGAUGAGAUCGAAAGCCUCCGCCAAUUCGUUUACUGGGCCUUUACAAUGGAUCCAAGUUGCCCCCAACUCUACCGUCGCUUGGUCUUCUGCUUCGCCAUCGUCACCAAACGGUACAGAGUGA